AUGAGUGCUGUGAUUGUGCGUUGGAAAAAUCGUAUACAAAAACCAAAUCAUCGUGAUAACACAAAACAAAUUCCUGCUGAUACAAAUGAAUAUAAACAAAUCAAAAGUGCUAAUCAAACAUUAGAAAAGUUGCAUGAAGAAAACGUAUUAUUAAGAGAACGGUUUUUGAAAUUGGAAGAAACGGCCAUGAAGAUGUGUCAACAAUGGGUAUGCGAUGAAAAAGUCCAUUUAUUAAGACGUAUUGAGGAACUUGAAACAAAAAAUUAUCAUUUAUCACAAGAUUAUCAUAGUUAUCAAGCACAAUGUGAUAAAUGUAUUCAAGCAAUAACAGAUUUAAUUAUGAAAGCAAUUGGUAUGCAAGAGAGCUAUCUGAAUAAAGAAACAUUAUUACCAAUUCAACCAGAAUGGCUGAGAAAACGAUUGUUAGUUGAAGAAGAAGAAGAUUAUAAUGAUGAAACAAGGAAUUUAAAAUUAUUUGGAAAUUAUCACAACUCAUCGUUCGUCACCGAUAAAACAGACCUCCACAUCACCGAAAGUCAAUCGAGUAUAUAUAGUGUAAAUCGAAGUAAUUUGAAUCAUACUCAUACAACAAAAGUAUCUUCAACUGGAUUAAAAAAUGAUUUGUGUUUUUGUCAUGUGGAUAAUAACAAUGAUAAUAAAACAACACCCAUCCAUAAACGAAAAGUUUAUCUAAAUUCUUUUAAAACCAUUGAUAAUAAUAGUUCACCUCAACCAACCGUAAAUACUCUUUUAUUUCAAAAUAAACAAACAAUAUCAUCUCCAUCUCAACGUGUUAGCCAGCGUCCACUUUCAUCACCGGCCUCUUUACAUCGUUCACAAACUUAUGUAUUACAACAAUAUAAUAAUAAUAUUUCAUCACCAUCACGAAAAGAAAAAAUUAAAACGUCAACUUCACCUGUUAUGGAACAAAUUGUAGACAGAAUGAUGUCAACAACUACAACAUCAUCAAAAAAAUUUCCUAUAUCCGAUCAACAGCAACACUCUCCCGUUGUCAAUAAACCAUCAUCAAUAAUAUAUUCAAAUCAUGAAAGGUUAAAUAAUACCAAUUUUGUAUCACGAGCACAAAUUACAUUCAACACUGACCCAGUGGCAAACAAAACGAUAAACUCUAACACACGUACACCACAAAAUACAUAUUAUCAACCUUCACCGAACAGAAAUCAGGUGAAUCGAAAUACAAAUCAAAAAAUUCCUUUUCGUCCUACAAAUAGUGUUUAUAAAAAUGCUGCGCCGACACCGGUCGUUCAAAAUUUUCCAAUACUCAAUAGUCGUCCAUCCACCUUAAAACAAUCUCCCCGAACCAAUUCUGAUCGACAAAAUCAAGUACGAUCUCCAGUAGUAAACGAUUCCCCCAGAACGUCAUCACGUUUCCCACCAGCGGAAUCUCCACGACCAACUAGUUUGAGUGGUGUUAAUCGACGACGCUACGAUAAAACGAAUAUUUCACCAGUUACGAAUGGUAAUAGUAGUCCAAAAAGAACAGAAUUAAAAACUGUGAGUGCUAUUAGGACACGAACAAAACAAGUGCCCGACGUUGUUAAUAAAGAUCGUACUUCUCAAAUAGUUUUGGAGAAAAAAAUGUUAUCGGCAAGAACAACAGCUACUACCACCACAUCGUCAUCCUACUGCUCUUCUACAGAUAAAAAAUACACUAUAGCCGACUCACCGCGAAUACCAUCUAGUCACACAAAACAUCAGCCGUCUGAUAGUACUAAAUCAAAAAUAACUCAAAAAACUUUUCAGUCACCAAGAGUAUCGAAUCUCGAUGAAAUUAUUGUGAAACAACAACAGGAAAAAACUCGAGUUGAAACUUCUUCAAAGCCUCGUUGUUCAACUCCCUCACCUAUACUGCCUCGAACCCCAUAUGAAAAGCCGUUAUCUAGUGAAACUAGUGUCGUAGCUCCCUUAGGAUUAGAAAACGAUAGAUGUUAUUCCACAUUCUCAAACGAACUACAUCAAAAUUUGCCAAGUGAAAAAGCGUCAAAUAGUUCAACACUAAAGCCGAUCUUAAAACCAAGCGUAUCAGAACCGACAGCAAAGUUGAAAUAUCAACAAUUACGUUCAUGUUUUUCAUCAGAUGCUGUACGGCCAACUAUAACACUCGUACGUCCCGUUCUCAGUAAUGAACUGAAAAUAUUUAGUUGUAAUUUGGACGAGCACGAUGCAAUAAAAAAAGGAGAUUUUAUCGGUGAAAAUAAAGAUUCGGGUUUCAAUUCAAUAACCACCAAUCGAAAAAGUACAACAGCCAUUGUCGAAGAUGAACCAAAAUCAUGUACAAUAACAGCUACAAGCACUACAAACAAUACAUUGAAUGACUGUAUAACAAGUUUCUUAUAUGAUGAGGAAGUUAACAGUUCUUCUGAGCCAUUAAAAACACCACCUAUUCGUACAAAAGAUACUGGUUUAUUAUUCGUUGAAGAAAAUUUAAAAAGAACGAACAUCAUUGAUACUCAGUACGACAAACAAAUUCCACCACUCAAAUCCGAAUCAUCGUCAUUUGUAUCUGGUCUUAUUCCUGACUUAUCAACCGAUAGCCUAAAUGGGGAUAAAGAAAAUGAGACAAAUGAUAUUGAUAGCCUGGUGAUUGAGAGCGAUGCAGAUAAUACUGAUGAAAGUCUUGCGUCCUCAGCUUCUAGAGCAAAAUCAACCACUACAACGUCAACAACACACACACCAUUGAUGACGUGGUCACGUAUCAAAUCCGCUCGUUCAUCAUGUGAAAAUUCAUAUGAUGAUAUUGAUCGAUAUUCAUCAUCAAAUAAACGUUAUAAAUUCUCAUCAUGUUCAAGUAGAGAAACAAUUGAGAGUGAGAGAUAUUCAGCAAGCCCACAAAUGUAUGAUGGACAUUAUCGUAAACGAGAUGUGAGAGUAGCCGCGGAUGGACGAUAUUUUCUUUUGAUUGAUAGUAACAAUAACAAUGAUGGCAGCUCAUCAUCAAUUGAACAUGGGAAUUCAGAUGAAUCUCGGUACAAACUGAAUUAUGACGAAACCAUCUAUCCAAGUGGCAGUCUUUCACCUCCACUUGAACAAUCGGGUUUUCAAAACAAAUCUGAUGAAGUACAGAUUUGUUCUCAAGGUGCCGAAUCAUAUACGGCUGUUAUUAGAAAAAUUCCAUCAGUACCACCUUGCUCUUCAUCGAAAAAAGUAACAACAGUUAAGGUGCGAGCCACGAAUCAAGAACUGUCGACAACAUUGAUACCAGACUCCAAUGAAAUAUCACAAAUUGUUCGAGCAACACCCGCUCAAGCUAUUCUUUCACCAUCGACAACAGAUAUCAAAAAUCGAAAACCACCAGCACCUUUACCACUGGAAAUAUCCACAGACAGCCAUCAAUCCUUGAAUAAAAAAGCAGAGAGGCGUCUUGUAUUUCCAUCACGUCUCGGUCGUAUAUUAUUUUUUCGCCGUGUUUUAUCUGAUUCAGAUAUUUAUCAAAAAUUAUGUUCAAAAGAAAAUGAAAUUAGACAUAACGUUUAUCAUUUAGACACAAUUCGAGAUUAUUCAAUGGAAUAUUAUAUGUUAACAACAUUUGGAUCAGAUUCCCAAUUGAGAGCAUGGACAGAUGAUUAUUGGGAAACGCGUUUUCAGCACGAUUAUGAAUUAAACGAUGAAGAGGAAGAUUAUAAUACCUAUAAUCAUAUCACACAUAGUAAUGAUGAAGAAGAUGAUGAGUUAGAAUCUAAUCAACAGAUGGCAGAUGAUGAACUCGAUUGGUAUAGUGAAGAUCUUGAAUCAUUUAAUAUUUCAAGUCAAUUGAUGAGUAUGAAUAGCGAUGACAAUGUCGAGGAAUUCCUUCGUUCGCAACAACUGUCGGUAUCAAGUUUGGCUACGUCAAACGAAUCAUCCAGUUCUGCCGGCUUUGACGUUGGCGUACCAUCAUCAUGGCCAAUUUCGACAGCUGAAAAAUCUAGACCUGAUGCAAAACAUAGUACAACUCUCACUGCACUUGAUCCUUGUCCUCUCUCGCACAAUGACAUACCACAAACAGCAAGUGUCGAAAAUACUAAUAUCGAAGAACAACGUUUCAUACUCCAAGAAAUAUUAAACUAUUCAUGGGGUACUCAAGAGGCAAAAAGCAUAUCAUCUAGUAUUUCGUCAACAAAUGAUCAAUCACAUGAACAACAUUCCACAACAAAAAUAAAAUUAAAUAAUCAAAACGAUAGAAAAUCCUCAAUAUGCUCUAUAAGCGAUCAGGUGUUAAAUACAAUGAAUACGCUCGAGGCAGUAGACACUACUAAUCCCAGUAUCGAACAAAAUCCUUAUUUAAAAGACGAUCAAUUUCGAACAGAUUUUUACUAUUUAUGCCCAUUGACCCGUACAUCAAGUUUUCCAAAAGGGUCAAAAGAGCAAGAUUUUACUUCAAAUAAUACUAACGAUGAUGCCAAAAUGCAUCAGAGCAACGAGCAACAAACGGUCAAUAUUAGGACAACAAGACAAUCGUACGAUCUAUAG